CGCAUGAACGGAUUGAGGGCGAUUACAGAGACGUUGAUGUCUCGCGGUGACGGCAGUCACGCUGCUCAGAUUUCGUCCAUCACAUUGGGAGCUGCCGUAGUGUGCACUGUGUGGUAUGCCGCCGUCUCGUUGGUUUGCGCCGUGGGCUAUACACAAUUACGACACUAUUCGUAUCCGCCGCCGAAACCCCAACUCGCCGAUUCAGAUGCACCCCAUGUCACCAUCAUUCGACCUGUAAAAGGCCUUGAGCCCAGCCUCUACCAAUGUCUGGAGUCGACUUUCCUCCAGGAGUACCCAAAGGACAAAUUGACAGUCUUUCUCUGCGUGGCUGAUCGCAAAGACCCGGCUUUUCCUAUUCUACAGCAACUCAUCAAGGACAAUCCGAGUUUCGACGCUCAUGUGCUGGUUGAAGAGGAAGACCCAGAACUUCAAGGGGACAAUGCAGAUACAAGACUUGGACCCAACCCCAAAGUCAGAAACAUGAGUCGCGCAUACAGAGAAGCCAAGGGCGACAUUGUGUGGAUCAUUGACUGCAAUGUUUGGGUCAACAGGGGCGCUUGCGGCAGAAUGGUCGACACCUUGAUCGGCAACCGUGGCAUCAAGAAUAAAUUCGUUCAUCUCUUGCCGCUGGUCGUGGAUAUUGCAGGCACGCCUGUCCCAGAGAGUGCACAAGGACUUUUGGAAGAUCGCGAUCCGGAUACCGAUUUCAGAGUCGUGUCGACCAGUACUGCAGGCCACCAAUUGCGCUCUUCCAACAGUGCCUCUUUGGAUGUGCUCAGCGAAGGUGGUGGUAGGAUUGAAGAAUUGUUCAUGUCCUCUGCACAUGCAAAGUUCUACACUGCCAUCAACACUGUCUUGAUUGCACCCUGCAUCGUCGGCAAAUCAACAAUGUUUCGCAGAUCCCAUCUCAACAGCCUCACCAACGGCCAAGGCAUCGAUUUCUUCUCUGAAAACAUCUGCGAAGACCAUUUGAUUGGCGACUUACUCUGGAAAGGCAAAAUCCCUGAAGAAGAAAGAGGAGAAAAAUGGGGUAAACAUGCGCAAGUCUUUGGCGAUUUGGCCAUUCAACCAAUGGCUGGUAUGAGUGUGGCUGAAUAUAUCGCUCGUCGCAGCAGAUGGCUGCGAGUACGAAAGUUCACAGUCACCUUGGCUACUCUGGUGGAGCCUGGCACCGAAAGCCUUUUAUGCUCGCUCUAUGGCGCUUUUGCCUUUACCACGUUGCCUUUCUUCCACAACACGCUAGGUGUACCGCAGACAUGGACGGCAUUCGUAAUAUUCUGGCUGUUCAGUGUCUGCACAUGGUGUUUUGUGGACUGGACACUGUACUGCAAACUACACUCUUGCGCCUCCGUCCAAGUCGACGAAAACACACCUGCUUUCGCACGGCCGCCCAAGAACGGCAGACGAAGACCUUUUCCUGUAUGGCUGUUUGCUUGGCUCGCGCGAGAGACUCUGGCAUUGCCGAUUUGGUCCUGGGCGGUCUAUGGCGGUGUCACCGUGGUGUGGAGGGGUAAAAAGUUGUGGGUGGGUAUGGAUAUGAAGGUUCAUGAGAUCAAGAGUGAUGGCGGGUUUGCUGGGUCUGUGCAAGAUGCUUCAAAGGCUAGGACGGAUUAG